AUGUCCUUCGAUGGUUCAUCGCAGUACGCACAGUCUCCCAGACUGUCCCAAUUCCAGUACUAUGACUCUUCGACACCACCGCCUCCGCCUCCAAAGCCUGGCAGUGGCAGAGAAACCCCAUCCAGAGGCCCUCCACUACCACCCCCGCCGAACACUCAGCCAUCUAUGAACACCACCGAUGCCUAUACCAACCCACCUCAAGAGCAGAUCCCGCUCCCUGCUGCUGGCUGGCUUCCUUCGAUCGUCCAAGAUUUGUCUACCAAUGACCUCAGACGACUGCUCGAAGACCCUGACUUGCAAGCUGCCCUGCUGAAUGACCCCGAGAACACGCAUCCUUCCAUUCCUGCUUCUCAAGAUGCUUUGCGUAAAAUCCUCGACUCCAAUCUCCAGAUAGCUGCCUCACUGCAACAAGUCGAGUCCCGCCUGAACCAUCAACGUGCCGCUACUCAGUCUCGUCUCAUUGCUCUUCGCGCCCUCGAACAGCAACACAAGUCCAAGAUUGUCGAGACCGAAGACACCUUGAAAGGUUUCAGUCCCAUGGCUUUGUAUCAGCGUCUCAGUGCCAGCGCUCAAGAACAAGAUGCUCUGGUCAAAGGCAUCGAGGAUAGCUUCCUUGACGAUGGCGGUCUCGCUCCAGACAGAGAGGUCCAAGACUUUGUCCGUCGUUUGAGAGAUGCCAAACGUGUCGCUUUCCUACGCAAUCAACGCAAAGAGCGUUGGGACGAAGGAAGAGUCGGCGGCUGGAGAUGA